AUGGAUGAAUGGAAAAUCGAAUGUCCAUGGAGAAAUCAACUACACCCCAAGCAGAUGGAUCUAGGAGCUACGGUGAGGGAGGGAGAGAGAACAGACCUGGAUCUAGAUCGCCCGUUGAGCGCUGAACGGCGAAUGGCAAGCCACCGAGCUGGACGGAGACGAAGUGGCGACGGAGCCGCCGAGGCGAAGGCUGGGUGCGCGUGCUCCACCACGCCCUCACACCCCUCCACCUCCCUGUAUACCGGCGCCGGCACCACCCACGCGCCCUUCCCCGCCAUCCCCACGCGUGUGGGGAACCGUGUCCGGGUGGGCUUUGGCGACAAGGGUGAGCAGUAG